AUGGCUCCCGCUCCCGCCGCCACUCAGAAAUCCAACGCCAAAGACUUGAAGCGGACCUCGCGCGCCUCGAGUGUCGUCUCGAAGACCGAGACGGACAGUCCGUCCCCCGAAGCCAACGGUUCUGAGCCUGCCUACCUGAAGGAGUUACAGAAGAGCCUGCGCAACGCCUCGAAGAAGCUGAAUGCUGCCUCUAAGAUCGACGCUACGCUUGCUGCGCAUCCCGGAAAAUCCCUCGAUGACCUCGUGGGGGAGAAGGUCAUCAACCCGGACCAAAAGGCGCAGGCCCUGAAGAAGCCCGCUCUUCAGGCCACGAUCGCACAGCUCGAGGAGCAAGUCCGCCACUUCAAGGAUUUUGCUGCCCAGUACGAGGAGAAGCUUGCCAGCCAGAAGGCGGCUCUUGAAAAGAAGCAUCAAGAAGAGCUCGAGGCUGUUCGUGCAAAUGCGAUCGCUGAUGCCACGGAGACCUCAUCGCGUGUGUUACGCGAGCAAUUGCUCAGCGUGAGCAAGUUCUUGUACGCUGCUGCCAACUUGCGACGCGAUCGCGAAUCCGCCGGAGGUGCAGAAUCCCUUGAGGGGCUCGCCUUUGAGGCUGUCCUCUUCCAGGUUUAUGCUGGCAAUGAAAGUGCCGUGAGCUCGAUGGUGAAGCUUAUCGAGGGUGCGCCGGAGAAGGUACAAGAUAUCGAGGGAGGUGUCCUGGAAUGGACUUACAGCGAUGUGAAGCAGGCAGCCAACAACUACGCUAUUCCUGUUGUCGGCGAAACUGAGACUACUGAAGCCACACCCGUUUCCGACCCUACCUUGGCCCACGCUGGGCUGACGGAGCUCGAGGAUUCCUCUGUCGGUGCUGCGGCCACGUCUCAAGCUGAACAGAACGCCGGUUCUCGAGCCGAUCUCGUCGCUCCCUUGGCUCACUCCACUACUGCCGCGGGGGCCAAUGCCGUCGCUGAGGGCUCUUACGGAUCGAACUCCUUGGCCUCGUCCACUGCCACAGACGGCUGGGUGGAAGUCCCUCGCGACCCUUCCGAAACUAUCGUAAGCGCCGAGAUCCCACCAGCUCAAACAGAGGGCGUUGCCGAGCCGGAGAAGAAGGAGCAGUCUGGUGGUCGUGGACGGGGCAGAAAUGGACGCGGUCGUGGCCGUGGCCGGGGCGAACACCGUGGUGGUGGCCAUGUGGCAACCCGCGGUCGUGAUGGUGGACGACGCCGUGGACGUGGUGGAGCAAAUGCCGAGGCUGGGAAUGGCCAGGCCUCAAAGUCUCCAGUCAAGGCGACGCCCACAACCUCUGACUAA